AUUCUCACAGUCAAACACAAUUACAAUUACAAGCCCUCCUUAGUAUAGCCGACGGCGGCCACAGUUUCGGCGCAGCCAUGAGUUCCGAUCAAGACAAAGAAUUUAACAAUAUUCCUUCUUCGAGCUCCGAUGGAGACCAGAUUCCUGUCCAGAUUCAGCCUCUCCGACUUCCCACGCCGGAAGAGGUGCAAGGACAGGACGUUUGGAACAAUUGCGCCGUUCGUAGCGUGUUUAGCGGAGUCAUGGGAGGAGGAUUGGGGUUGUUCAUGGGUUUAUUUUUGGGAUCAUUGGACACUCCUUUGGUGCAAGAAGAAUUGACUACCAGACAACAGAUAGUUAACCAGGCAAAAAAUAUGGGAAGAAGGAGUUUGAGUUCUUGUAAGGCUUUUGCUGUAAUGGGUUUUGUGUUCUCUGCUGCUGAAUGUGUUGUUGAAAAGGCCCGGGCUAAACAUGACAUUACAAACACAGUGGCUGCUGGUUGUGUAACUGGAGGUGCAAUGUCAGCUAGAGGGGGACCAAAAGCUGCAUGUGUUGGUUGUGCCGGGUUUGCUGCAUUUUCAGUUGUUAUAGAGAAGUUCUUCGAUAGAUAUAACUGAGAGGAAGAAGAAGAAGAAGAAGAAGACGAAGACUAUUAUUACUUUUUUGCCCCCAUUUUUAUGUGAUUUAUUAAAUCAUUUCCCCUUUCAUGGAAUGUAUUAUAGACUAUGACUAUAUGCAGAAAAGAGUAGUGCAUAACAAUUUAAAUGGAAUUGAGAAAGCAUUAAUUGUACUUUCAAUACCUCUUAAUAUUGACAAUUCUACUGAUUAGAUUUGAACAAUUGUAUCCAGUCUUAUAUCAGAAGGAUUUCAUCUUUAAUUUAUGUUUUUCUUUAAAU